AUGACCAGCAACCAAGAGACAAUGGACCCGUCGCUUUCGAUGUUGUCGGCGAUGGUGGCGCACAGUCGGAAUGGCAGCAGCGGCGAAGCCAACGACUCGAGCGACGAGAUCCACAACCACGGGAAUGAGCAGGAUGUGAACGGGACUGCGGAGCCGGAUGGCAACCGGGUGGGGGAGGACGGCAGCGGUGGCGGCGAAGGGAUGGACGCGGAGAUGAAAGGCGAUCACAGCACGGGCCUCGGCAACGACGGGAACAUCGACGGCAGCUUGCCGGGGACCCACCCGGGGCAGACGGGCGCCGGAGAGGGCGUGACGGAGAAGAAGAAACGCGGGAGACCAAGCAAGCAGACACAACCGCAGAGCCAAUCGCAGGAGCAGCUGCUGGAUCUGUCCGGCGGCGACACUUUGCAGCCGCCGAACGGGAUCGUGAAGCGGGGCAGAGGGAGACCAAGAAAGUACCCGAUCGAGUUGCGGCCGUCGAGACCGAAGUUGCCGCCCCUCUACGACGAGAACGGGAACGUGGUGAAGCGGAAGCGGGGCCGGCCCAGAAAGAACCCGGAGGAGUCUGGCCUCAACAGCGACGGCACGUACAAGGAGGGGUAUCCGAAGCAUCAGCAACAUCAGCAACAGCAGCACGCCAACGGCAGCCAGCGAGACGACAAGGCGGGCAAUGGCAGCCACGGCAGCCAGUCGAUGUCGGGCUCGGGCUCGGCCAACAACAAGUUGCCGAGUCUGAGCAACCUGCCCAACCUCCCGAACCUCUCCGACCUGCCGGACCUGCCCCGCAUGUCCGGCAUCUCGUCGCUGCCGAACAUGAACAGCAACGACCUCUCGAACAUGAAUGGAAUGAACGGAAUGAGCGGCAUGGGCAACAUGAACGGCAUGAACGGUAUGAGCGGCAUGAACGGCAUGAAUGGGAUGAACGGAAUCAACAUGACGGGCCUGAACAUGGCCGGCCUGAACGGCAUGAACAUGGCCGGCCUGAACAUGGGCGCCAUGAACGGCGUCAACGGCAUGAACCUGAAUGGCAUGUCCGGCAUGAGCAUGAACCUGAACGACAUGAGUGGCAUCUCUGGCAUGCCAGGCAUGAACGGGAUGAAUCCCUACGGGGGGAACAUGCACAAUUCCUCUGUUUCUGGUCUUUCUUUGGAACCAAUCACUUUGCACGCUAUCCAGUCCGUCAUUGCUUCCGCCAGCCGUUGCAUGCCCCUACCAGUCCGCCAAUUGAAACAGCCAGUCAACAAGACCAAGAGAACAGCACCGCAGCAGACUGCAGCCGCCGCUACGAAGGGCAACACCGUUGCAAAGGCCGAGCGCCAGGCGUCUGCCGCCAAGAAGUCGGGCAUCAAGUCGGAGACACGUCGGCUAGGCACCAAGAGCGCCGACGAGCCGCCACCGGAGGCAGUGCCCGUGUCUGUGCCCGUGCCGGCAGCCACGACGCCUCCGGCGGAGCCGGAACCCGUGUCUGUUGGCCGCAGUAGCACGAACACCGCCCGGGAAAUGGCUGCCCGGGCCGCCGAGUCGAGGCUGCAGCAGCAGAAGAAGGGCCAGUUGGGCAAGAAGUUGGAUGCCGAGCGCAGGAAGAACAACAAGGACUUUGCCAUGGAGGAGUAUGCCGCCAAGACGAAGCCGGAGGCCUAG